GUUAUCUCAUUCUUUUCGAUUUCUUUUCAACCAAAGCUUUCAAACCCAGAUCUUCAUCAAUCUCUCCAAAUCAUAAUUAUUAACCGAAGCUUAGCGAUGUGGGAUUCUCCACCUCCUGAAAUCCUAACCUUUGUUCUCAUACGGUUACCAAUAAAAUCCAUCAUAACUUGCACCUCCGUUUCCAAAACAUGGAAAUCCAUCAUCCAAAACCCUUCCUUCAUCUCCAUCCAUCUCCACCACUCCAAAAACAAGCACCCCCUCCUUCUCUUCAGGCUCCCUCCAAGUGAACACAGGGUUAGUGGUAAAGAACUCUACGCAUUGUAUUGUGACAACAACAACCCGGAUUUAUAUGAACACACCAGGUUUGACUUCCCUCUCAGCGGGACGUUCCGUGUGGUGGGUACUUGUAACGGCUUGGUCUGCUUUACCAUGAAAUUCACUGACAGGUUCUUUUUCUGGAACCCUCUUGUUAGAAAGCUUGUGAUUCUUCCUACACCCAGUGUUGGCCUCCGAACACUUCGUUUUUACAACCCCUCUAUUGGGUUUGGAUUUGAUCCCAAAACUGAUGACUAUAAGGUGGUGAGGAUUGUGAGUGCUAGCGAGAGUGAAAGCUCUAAGGUACCCAAGGUUGAGGUUUAUUCGCUCGCCACUGCUCAAUGGAGAGUGGUUACUGCAGUGCCUCCCACAGGUACUGCAUUUGCAGACAGAUGUGAUCCACAUGCUUUUGUCAAUGGGGCUUUGCAUUGUGUUGCCAGUAAAAACAAUAUUGACAACGAAAUUCUGAAUUUUAUAUUGGUGUUCGAUUUGGGGGACGAGGUAUUCCGCGAGAUAGCAAUGCCAAAACCUUUGGAUAAUCCUGAGAAUUUGGUGGGUGUGUCUGUUUCAGCUUAUAGGAAUUCCCUUGCCUUAAUUCAAUGGGGGGUUUCUAUUCGUUGUGUCGAUAUAUGGGUGAUGAAAUGGUACGCCGUUGCAUCCUCUUGGACCAAAAUGUUUUCAACUUUGGCUGAUCAAGGAGGCUUCUUACCAAGGCCAAUAGGUUUUAAGAAGACUGGUGAGGUUUUAUUGGAAAUGCAUAAAGGACAGUUCGUCUCACGAGACCUUGAGACCCAACAGAUUAAAGAUCUUAGGACUAUUGGAGAUAAAUUUACUUUUGUUGAUUCUUAUGUUGAGAGUCUAGUUUUGCUCAACAAACCCAACUGUGCAUUUGCAUACUGAGUAAAAACAAAGAGGAACAACAGAAACUUUGUGCAAUCAUGGUGGUGAUGAGCAAAUAAUGGACUUAACUCAUCAAGAGAAAGAUUCGACAAGCCUUUUUUAUGGUAUUUAGUUUGCAUUAGUUUAUCAUGUCAAAAGGGAUUGUGGUUGUUAUAAUGUAUUUAUGCUUAAUGAAGUAUGUUAAACUGCUUUCUUCUUUUAGUAUUUCUAGGUGAUUUGCAGUUUGGUUUCAUUGUUUGUAUAUGAACUUUUAUGUGAACUUUGCAAAAGUUUUACUCUAAAUUUAAUUAUUAUUA